CGGAAAACGAAAAAUCAGAUGGUUCCCUUAUCCCCUUGGAUAUGAACCCGAAAACCCUAAUCAUCGCAGCUCUCCAGCAGCUCCCGAUGUUCUACUUCCGGGGAAUGUUUCAACAAGUCAAAGCAUUCCAUUUUUUGGUGGUCCUGUUAUGUACAUAUUUUUGCCUCACUACCUGUGAACCAUGCUCCACGAAUGGGAUGCUGAUAUCAGCGGAAUAUGAUGGAUGUGAUUCCUAUGGAGAUGAUCAUGGGGUGAGGUUUCAAGAAAUCGUUGUUGGCGAUACUAGUACGGGUUACAUUAGUGGGUCUCCAAGGACUCAAAUGAGUAUUGAGGGUGUCUGCACAGAUUCUCAUUCAUUCUGCUUUCCUUCAACAUUGCCUGGUUUUUUUCCUGAAGAUUAUAAACGCAAAGUGGCUGCUUUAGAAGUUGUUAAGAGCCACUUGGAUAGUCAUGUAGAAUCAACUGAGUCUAGGGGAAAGGCAACUAACAGUAGUUGGUCUUCUGACCAGGCUAUGUUUAAGUUACUAAAUGGCAGGAUCAUUUCUUGUUCUCUAAAUUUCAGAGAUGGGAUCCAUAAGUUUUCUUCCAUUCAAGCUGAUGGUGCUGACCCAAAUGACCAUUCUCCAUGUAGAGGACCUUUACCAAAUCAGACAGGCAGAAGUGUUGGGAAAAGAUACAAAGAGGUGACUCAAUCAGGUUCUUUUGAUAUUGCUUCUUCACCUAAUGUAGAAAUAAGCCCUCCUGUGAUGGAUUGGGAGGAAAAGUAUUUAUUUUUCCCUUCAGUGGCUUACUUGACAGUGGCUAAUACAUGCAAUGACAGCAUUUUACAUGUCUAUGAACCAUUCAGUACUAACAUACAAUUCUACCCCUGCAAUUUUAGCGAGAUUUUGUUAGGACCUGGUGAAGUGGCAUCAAUUUGUUUUGUCUUUUUACCUAGAUGGUUGGGCUUAUCAUCAGCUCACCUAAUUUUGCAGACAAGCUCUGGUGGUUUCCUUGUUCAAGCAAGGGGGUUUGCUGUUGAGUCCCCUUAUGGGAUUAAGCCUGUAGUAAGCUUGGAUGUUCCUUCUAAAGGGCGACUGUCAAAAAGCUUAUCUUUGUUUAAUCUUCUUGAUGAAACCCUUUAUGUGGAAGAAACUACAGCAUGGAUAUCAGUUUCUCUAGGGAAUACUAUCCACCAUGCUGAAGCAAUAUGUAGCGUAGAAAAUUUUCAGGGUCAUACUGAGCAAAGCUUGCUCAGUGUUGAGAACUGGUUGCUUUUGGAGAGGGGUCCAUCUGGUUUUCCACUCAUGGCUAUGAGGCCCCAGGGAAUCUGGGAAGUUAAUCCCAGUAGUAGUGAGACAGUCAUAGAGUUAGAUUUAUCUGUUGACUCACAAGCAAAAAUUGUUGGUGCUUUCUGUAUGCAGUUGUUAAGAUCUUCGCAAGAUAAGGCUGAUAUACUUAUGGUUCCUCUUGAGGCAGAUUUGGAAGGAAACUCUUUCUCUGAUGUUGCAGGUUCUGUUUCAGUUUCUCUUGAGGCUCUGAUGCCAUAUGACAGUGAAACUGGUGUUGUGGCCGUGUCUUUAAGAAAUGGUGCUCCUGAUAUGUUAAGUAUUGUCAAGAUUACUGAACUUGCAGAAACUAAAUUUUUCCAUAUCAAGUACAUGGAAGGAUUGCUGCUAUUUCCUGGUGCUGAUACACAGGUUGCUGUGAUUACUUGUGCUAAGCUGCCAGUUGAAAUGCAUGGUUCCCCUCCUGAAGUAUCUAAUAUCAUCAGGAAUUGUAAAUUACUUGUACUGACUAAUGACUCAAUUAAUCCUCAGAUAGAGGUUCCUUGUGAGGAUGUAACUCACAUUUGUCUGAAACACCAAAAAGAUUCACCUGUUGGUCAUGAAUAUCAGUCUGAAAAGGUUGAAUCUGGAAAUAUGAAGGGAGGUUCCUUGGAUGGUGGCAUGCAAUGGACAUCCUGGGUCAAGGCACUGAGAAGAACAGAAGCCGAUGAAUUAAUCUUGGUCAAUUGGAGAUCUCAAGGUACUGCUAGUGGCAUGUCAGUGCUUGAUGAUCAUGAGGUACUGUUCCCCACGGUCCAAGUUGGAACUUACUUCUCUAAGUGGAUCACUGUAAAAAAUCCUAGCAAGCGGCCAGUUGUCAUGCAGCUCAUUCUUAACUCGGGAGAAAUUAUUGAUGAGUGUCAGGGGAAUGAUGGUUUUAUAAAGCCACUUUCAUCUGAUGAUUUUGUUCAUACUGAAUCUGUGGCAGCAGUAGCAGAUGGAUUCUCCUUAGCAGAGAGUGCACUCACAGAGGCAUAUGUUCAUCCUCAUGGUAGAGCAUCCUUUGGGCCAAUAUUGUUUCACCCUUCAAAUCGAUGUGGAUGGAGAAGCUCAGCAUUGAUAAGGAACAAUCUUUCUGGUGUUGAGUGGAUAUCUUUGAAGGGAUUUGGAGGGUCUUAUUCCAUACUCCUGCUUGAGGGUUCAGAACCUAUCCAGAGUAUAGAAUUUAAUCACAAUGUGCCAGUUCCUUUAAACAUAUCUCUUCUAGACAUGUUUUUUCAGAUAGAAGAGACCACAAAGGCCUGUAAUCAGCCAUUUGUAAAAGAGCUGUGUGCCAAGAACACAGGAGACUUACCACUUCAUGUUAGAAGCAUUGAAGUUUCUGGAUCAGAGUGUGGAUUGGAUGGUUUUAUGGUGCAAAAUUGUAAAGGGUUUUCUCUUGAACCUGGUGAGUCAACAAAGCUUCUGAUUUCAUACCAGGCCACUUUUUCUGCAGCUACAUUAUGUAGGGAUCUUGAACUGGCCUUGGCUACUGGAAUUCUUGUCAUACCCAUGAAAGCAAGCCUCCCCGUUUAUAAGCUUAAUAUUUGUAAGAAAUCAAUAUUCUGGAUGCGUCUGAAGAAACUAUCAAUUGCAGUUCUUCUUUGUGCUUCCUUCUUGUUUCUUAUAUUCUGUUGCAUCUUUCCCCAAUUGAUGGUCUUGGGCUCUCAAGAUUGCUUCUAUGAGAGUGAGAAAGGCCACAUUACCACAAUCAGGAAUGAAGCAAAAUCUUCUCGUAUGAAUCAGAAUCAGAGAAAUAAUAAGUUUUCUGUAUCAGAUAUGGUUGGUUCGCUAAGUUUGGGUGGGGAGGAUAAAUUGUCAAAGCAGGCAUCUAAUGGUAGGCCUCUUAACGGCAACAUUGGGGCCUCAGAAUUGGGGCUAACUGCUCAGCAAGGAAAACCAACUGGAGAAAAUGAGAGUCAAAUUAACAGUUUGUUAGAAACUCACAAGGAAGAUCCAUUGCCAUCUUUCCUCCCAAAAUCUCAGGCAGCUGAAAAUUCUGAUACAGUGGAAGUGUCUCAGCCUAGUCAUCUGACUAUCAGGACAGGGAAGGAGAAGGGAAGAAGGCGAAGGAAGAGAAAGGGUUUGGCUGCAGGAUUUACUGGUCUAGUUGAAGUCUCAAGUAGUCAAAGUGGAAAUUCUACUCCUUCAUCCCCUUUGUCACCUCUGACAUCAGUAAUACCUAACCGUACAUUGUUGUUUACUCCUGAUGUGGACCAAUCUAUUGAGGUUAGAUACCCAUUUGUGCAAUUGGCUGACCAGACUUGUGAGAAGGUUCAGGUUUCUGAAACUCCUUCCAAGGCAAACUCAUUGGAGUCCAAGGUAUCUGUGAAGAAUGGUGAUAAGAACUGUUACUUUUCCACUCAAGAGAAGUCUUCAGUGCUAAGUAAAAAUGUUACAAAACCUGUUCUAUUGCCCUCUUCCACUUCUUCUUGUGCUGAUAGGGUUACUCCCAAUGUAUUCUGCUCCCCUCCUUCAGUUUCAAAAUCAACCAUUGCUCCCCAUGCUCGGGCUCCUGGGUCCAAACUCUGCAACCUGAAAACCAUUAAAGCAGAAGGAAAGACAAUGUUAAGGAAUGAAUAUACAUAUGAUAUUUGGGGUGAUCAUUUUUCUGGACUCCAUGUAACAGGUAGAUCAAAGGAUGUUUCUAUGAAUUCCAGUCAUAGAGAUAAUGAUUCUGAUAGUUUCUUUAUAAGGGGUCCGCAAGCCCUCAUGACAAAGUCUGAACCAAAAAUUGUAAGUUGUCUCCAUCAAGAGGGUUAAUGAUAAUUUACUAGUUACCAAAUAAUUGUUAUAUUUCUUGCAGACUCCUGGCCUGUACCUAGUUUUUCUGUUAAUGUGCAAAGGUGCGAACUUGCGAGCAUGCUCCUGUUUAGGCCAGCAUACUUGCAUCUAAACAGGCAUGUCUUGCCUACAGUUACCUUU